CCGCCGUGCCCGCCCCGCCAUGGCCGCGGCCGCCCUCCCGCCCCGGCCCCGGCCCCUGCCCCUUCCCCUGCUCCUGCUGCCGCUGCUGCUGCUGCGCGCCGGCCCGGUGCGCGCCGACAGUAAGGUGUUCGGCGACAUGGACCAGGUGCGGAUGACCUCGGAGGGCUCCGACUGCCGCUGCAAGUGUAUCAUGCGGCCGCUGAGCAAGGACGCGUGCGGCCGGGUGCGCAGCGGGCGCGCGCGGGUGGAGGACUUCUACACCGUGGAGACGGUGAGCUCGGGGACCGACUGCCGCUGCUCCUGCACCGCGCCGCCCUCCUCGCUCAACCCCUGCGAGAACGAGUGGAAGAUGGAGAAACUCAAGAAACAGGCACCCGAGCUCCUCAAGCUACAGUCCAUGGUGGAUCUCCUGGAGGGCGCCUUGUACAGCAUGGACCUGAUGAAAGUGCACGCCUACGUCCACAAGGUGGCCUCCCAGAUGAACACGCUGGAAGAGAGCAUCAAAGCCAACCUGAGCCGGGAGAACGAGGUGGUGAGGGAGAGCAUGCGCCACGUCAGCGAGCAGCUGAAGCACUACGAGAACCACUCGGCCAUCAUGAUGAGCAUCAAGAAGGAGCUCUCCAGCCUGGGCCUCCAGCUGCUGCAGAAGGACGCAGCCUCAGCCCCUGUCGCCGCCCCGGCCACUGGCCCUGCUAGCAAGGCUCAGGACACAGCUGGAGGGAAAGGCAAAGACACCCACAAAUAUGGCAGCGUGCAGAAGAGCUUUGUAGACAGGGGCCUCCCAAAACCUCCUAAGGAGAAGCUGCUGAAGGCGGAGAGGCUGAGGAAGGAAGGCGGCAAGAGCAGAUUCCCCCAGCCCACAGGCAAGCCCCGGGCCCUGGCCCAGCAGCAGGCUGUGGUCAGAGGCAUCACCUACUACAAGGCGGGCAGGAAGGAGGCGACAGAGGCCAUGGCUGACAAUGCCCUCAAGGGCACUUCCUGGCUGGAACAGCUGCCGCCCAGAGUGGAGGGCAGGCCACCAGAGCCCAACUCGGCGGAGCACGACGAGGCUGGGCCCAGGGCCUCAGAGGGAGCGGACCUGGCCCCUGGCACCCCCGCCUCGGACCCCACCCCCACCCCCACUCCCACCACCAGCCCCAUGUCCACCGAGCCACCUUCACGCCCAGAAGUCCCCAGCCAAGGCAGAGAGGGGAGCUGCGAGGGCACCCUCCGGGCCGUGGACCCCCCUGUGAGGCACCACAGCUACGGACGCCACGAGGGAGCCUGGAUGAAGGACCCCGCCGCAAAGGAUGACAGGAUCUAUGUCACCAACUACUACUAUGGAAACAACCUGGUGGAAUUCCGCAACCUGGAAAACUUCAAGCAAGGCCGCUGGAGUAACAUGUACAAGCUGCCCUACAACUGGAUCGGCACGGGCCACGUGGUGUACCAGGGCGCCUUCUACUACAACCGCGCCUUCACCAAGAACAUCAUCAAGUACGACCUGCGGCAGCGCUUCGUGGCGUCCUGGGCGCUGCUGCCUGACGUGGUGUACGAGGACACCACGCCCUGGAAGUGGCGCGGCCACUCGGACAUCGACUUCGCCGUGGACGAGAGCGGCCUGUGGGUCAUCUACCCCGCUGUGGAUGACCGCGACGAGGCCCAGCCCGAGGUGAUCGUGCUGAGCCGCCUGGACCCCGGCGACCUCUCCGUGCACCGCGAGACCACGUGGAAGACGCGGCUGCGGCGGAACUCCUACGGGAACUGCUUCCUGGUGUGCGGCAUCCUGUACGCCGUGGACACCUACAACCAGCGGGAGGGCCAGGUGGCCUACGCCUUCGACACCCACACGGGCACCGACGCCCGCCCGCAGCUGCCCUUCCUCAACGAGCACGCCUACACCACCCAGAUCGACUACAACCCCAAGGAGCGCGUGCUGUACGCCUGGGACAACGGCCACCAGCUCACCUACACCCUCCACUUCGUGCUCUGAGCCGGGACCUGCGCUCGCAGGAGGGGAGUGGCAGUGGGCAUGGGGCUCCUCAUGGCGACUCCCGGGAGGGACUCUGUCAGCAAAUAUUUAUUGGGGGCCAGGCCCAGGGCUCGGUGCUGGGCAUGUGGCUGCCAGGAUACAGCUUCCUCAGCACCCAGGGAAUGAUAAUCGCUUCCACUUGCAGGGCACUGUGCCCAGAGCUUCACGUGCACUAACCCACUUAAUCCUCCCACCACCACCCUUGGAGGUAGAGAUAGUUAAGCCCAUUCGACAGACGAGGAGACUGAGGCUCAGAGAAACGACAUCCCUUGCCCAAAUAGUCUCAGUUAGGAUCAGGCAGGCCAUGCUGUUUUGCAGAUGAGGAGAUUGACCAGGCUCUCCCCUUCCCUCUCCCCUUGAUUCUCUUGUUCUCUCAACUCUGUCUCCCUUCCUGGGGCUACUCAAAACCCUAAGCUUUCAGGCCCAAUGUGCUAGUGUUGGGUGCAGGCCCAGCUCUGCACACCACGCCAGGCCCCCGUUCUGGCUGAGCUGUCGGUGGCCCCUGGCUUUGGGCCACUUGAUUAAUGUCCGUGCUCCUUGCCUUUGGCCAGCACCCCCACCCCACCCCACCUGCUGUCGGACCACAUUCCAAACCUCCACGGUCACCCAGCCACUGAGAAGAAGCCACACCCUGAGAAAAAAUACUGGCCCCCGUUCCAAGGCCCCCUCCCUCUGUGCUCAUUUUCAUAUUCUCUUAUUCUUCAUCAGUGCCGUCAUUUGUUUCCACAGCAGCAGCUGAGAAGGCUACAGGCAGCUGCCUGCCAGCAGCAGCUCUGCCAGGGUGGGCGCUGGGCCAGGCCCUGAGGCUCACUCUCCACCCAGAAGUGCUGGCUUUGGCCAUGCACCCAGGCCACGGGACCUCUCCCCGGUCCCUCCCAGAGCCUUUGGGCCUGGGGUCCACCUCGUGCUUUCUCUCUGGGCCUUUGAACCCACAACCUAUAUACACUCAGGGAUACUUCCAGGUCUGCUAUGAGCGAGGCCCUCGGCCCAAGGUCAGGGUGCUGCUAGGACGAAACAGGUUCCCUCUUCCUUGUCGGUCCCGACCUGGUCAUUUGGGAGGCUGGCCCGGCAGCCUGGGGGGCUGGGGAAGGCUGAGAUCUGAGCAGUCGCGGCCAGGAGAAGCACUGGACCUUCUGGUUGCAGAGAAGAGCCGGAGGGUGGAAGCUGGGAGGCAAGGAGUGUAGGGGCGUGGUCUGUGGACCGGACUGUUCCUGGCUUCAGAGAGGUGGGUGCCAGGGCUGCCCCGAGUCGGGGACUUGGGGCUGAGGAUGCACAGGUGGGCCACCUCACCUGGUGCUGCUGAUGGCUUCCCAGAGCCACAGGCCCAGGCAGCCCAGAGGACAGGACCUUCCAGCCUGGCCUCAUCUGCUUUGGAUGGUAUUUUUAGAGCUGGAAAGAAGUUCUCCAGUCCAACUACGUUUCACCAAAGGAGAAAUAGGCCCAGAAAGGGUUAGAGGGUGGCUCGGGGCCACACUGGGAACAGGACGCAGCUGGCGUCCUUCCAGAAGGGCUUCCUCUGUAUCCUUUAUUCUCCCAGCUGAGAGGCAGCUCUGCCUGGGAAGGCAGUAGACUACCAGUGCCCAAGCCAUCGCAGCUCCUUUGAAGGGUAUUUGCUGAUCCGUAUACAAACCCUGGACACUCCCCUCAUCCUGCCCCCAAUGCCAGCUCCUGGGAUAUCUGUAUAUCUGAACACCCGGCUGCACACCGAGAGCGUAAGGAAACGCAUUUAUGCAGACUACAUUUCUUUCAGGCGUCAUCAGGUGCUGUUCAAGCUGUAACUCACCCCUGAAAUAAAGGGGAAUGAUGACACCCCAGCCAAGCCAGGCUUGACUCAUGGUGGUGGACACAUCCAGCCUCCCCCACCCAGCCAGCGGCAGCGGGCUCCGCUUACAGCCUCUUCAGGGGGCUGCGAGGCCCCGCGUUUCCCCAGGCCCUGGGUGUGGGUUUUACAAGACUGUGUCUUUCGUGAUAUCACAGCCCAACCAUGCGAGGAGUGUGCAGGCCCCUCUUUCUCCACGAGUCUCAGAAAAGGGAAAGUUAGGAUGGGCUGCUUUUGAAAAAUUAGACAACGAAAAUUGGUUUUCUGGGGGAGAUGGUGUUGGCUGCAGCCCCCAAACAUUCACCAAGCUCCUGCUUUCAUGCCCUUGUACAUGGGUGGUGUGGUGGGUAGGGUAUUUUCCUCAUUUUACAGAGUCGAACUGGGGCCCAGAGAAGUUAAGUCACUUGUCACGUGGACAGUUAAGCGGGGAGCCAAGUUUCAGAAUCAGGUAACAUAGCCAUCGGUGGUGGUUGACCAUCAAGAGUGUGCUACGCGUGCCGCGUGCAUAUCCUUGCACCUUCCCAACAGUGGCAGGUAGCUACCUGGAUGUGCCCAUUCUACGGAUGAGGAAACUGAGGUGAAGGGACUUACCCAAGGUCACACAGCAGCUUAGUCUGUGCCAGAGUCAGGGUUUCAGGGCUACUCAGGAUCUGUUCUUUGCCAGCUGUGUGCACCUCCAGGGGCAGCUCCAGAAACAGUGGCUGUUGCUUUUAUCCAGUGUAGCCAGGUCGCAAACCACAUCCACAUAGAAGACCCACGAAUGAGUCAGCUUGUCAAGAGCCUUGAAUGCUAGGCCCAGGGGUGACUGCCUCCAGUCACAUUUGAAACAAAGUUGAGUGUAAAUUAAUAGAAAUAAGAAAAUUCUAAGACAAUUGGAUUUUGUCCUGUCAGUGGAAGGGUUUUUGUGAGGGAACUGGAGCCAGCCUACGAGUGCAAACCUGUGAGCGCUAAAGGAAAUCUGAGCCCCCUCAGCUUGUUUAUACCCGCCUUGGGCUUUGUUACAUUGGCAACAGGUACUUCAAACCAGGACGGGCCUGGACGGGGAGGGCCGACGUGUCCUCCUGACCUCGGCAGAGAAGGCACAGGCGCUGUCUCUGGUGUUUCUGAACGACGUGACCCAUGAAGGGGCUUUGCCUGCCGCCUUUAGGCCUCCCUAGAGAUUUCCAGGUCUUACAGUGAAUCUGCUCUGUCUGGCAGGAAAGGAAGGGGCCUCUGCCUUCGGGGCAGCCCUAAAGGUGAGGCCUGGGGGUUUUCCUAGGAAUGAUUUGAGGGCUCCUGAAAGCCCGCGUGUUCCAAAGCAUCUUUUGCCCUGUGACAGCUUUGGAAACCACUCUGGUGACAGGAGGUCACAGAAGUGGAUGGCUGUCGGGGAGCACUGGAUAGGAGUUGGGGAGUCCUGGGUUGGAAUCUGGCUCUGCCUCUUACGUGCUGUGCACUUGGGCAAGGUAGGGACUGACGGGGGACAGAUGUCAACUCCCUCUUACGACUGAGGACCUGCAGCUUAGUGAGGACAAAGGGCAGCCGAGGGCCUAAGCAGCACCCUCCUAGAGCUAGAAGGCACCUUUGCAUACAUUAUCACUAAUCCACCCAGGAACCCCCAAGGUCAGUGUUAUUUUUCCCCAUUACAGGUGAUGAACCUCAAGUUCUGAGAGGUUAAGCAAACUGCUCAGGGUCACGCAUCUAACAAGUAGUAGAGUCAAGAUUUGAACCAGAUCUGUUUUUAUACCAAAGCCCCAAACUAACUGUAGUUAGGAACCUUGUAACUAGUCAUGUUUUCUUCUUUGCUUUGGCCGCUGGGAAGCUCAAAGUGAAAUUUGAGAUAAUUUUUAACAGUCAUACUGAGUCUCCUACUGGACUCUGGCUUCAUUCUAUCUGUCUGCUUUUGCUUUUACCUUGAUUUCUUUAUUUUUAUUCUACUGUAUUUUAUAUAUUUUUGUAAGUUGCCACAAGACCUUUUUUUUGCAGUGAGGUGACAUAUACCUAAAUAAAUACAUGAUCAAAAGCUUGAU